CCGUCAGCGCCCCUUGCGCGUCGGCCGCGACCCCUCCCCGCUGACCUCACCGGCGCCGCCGCCGCGCGCGGAUAUAAGCGCGGGCCCCGCGGAGCAGCGGGCACCGGGGACCGGGACGCCUGACCCACCGCCCCGCCGCCUCCGGACCCCGAAACUCCGGACCCGCAGCCCCAGGAUCCCGGACCGAAACUCCGGACCCGAAGGAAGCCCCAGGAUCCCGGACCUGUCGGUCCCGCGGAGCUCGCGCCGGACAGCCGCCAGGAUGCCUGGCCCUUGGUUGCUGCUCGCCAUGGCUUUGACCCUGACCCUGACCCUCACCGGUGUCCCCGGAGGCCAAGCCCACCCCGAGGAGGACCAGCAGGAGGAUGGGAUGGUCACACAGUACCUGUACCUCAGGAAUCUCCUGGGCACCCUCCUCCAACGGGAGGACGCCCGAGAGCUGCUUGGGCUCCCGGAAAAUCAAAAUCCCGAAUCAGAGUCCCAGGACGUUGAGUCCAGCGAGCUCUCUAAGCGUCAGCAUCCAGGCAAAAGGGAGGAGGAGGCUGAAGAGGGAGCUGAAGGGGAGGAAGAAGAGGGCGGGGCUCUGGGGCCCCACAAAAGGCAGCGUCCAGGCCCGUGGGAGAGUGCGGCCAAGGGGCCAGGGGAUGUGGCCCCGCAGAAGCGGCAGCACCCCGGCCGGCGCUCCUCCUUCUGGCUGGGGUAUGCUUUCACCAAGAGGCAGCACCCCGGCCGACGGCUGGUGGACCCCAAGGCCCAAAGGAGCUGGGGAGAGGCGGAGGAAGGAAAGGAGGAAGAGGAGGAGAGAGAGCUGAUGCCUGAGAAACGCCAGCAUCCGGGCAAGAGAGCCUCGGGAGGCCCGUGUGGGCUCCAGGGAGACUGCGGCCAGGCCAGCCUCCUGCUGGGGCUCCUGGAUGACCUGAGCAGGGGCCAGAGGUCUGAGGAGAAGCGGCAGCACCCUGGACGGCGGGCGGCCUGGGCCGGGGAGCCCCUGGAGGAGUGAGCCCAGUUUCCUGUGAAGUCGAGUUUGGGGUCUAAGAGUCCUGUGCCCCCUCUCCUUCUGUGACCCCUCUUUCCCUUACCCUGAGAUCCCUCACCAUAAACCUGAGCCCCCCACCCCUGAACGCACACACCCAAACCCCUGGCUUUGCUUGCCCCCCUCCUUCAGGGACACAAGAAGGCCAUCCUAUAAGCUAAACCCCCAUAUUCCUUCAUUUCAUGUCGCUGGCAAGGGGUCCUCGCCCAGAGGUCCUCGCCUACCCUGCAGGCCGGCUCCCCUGCCUUAGUCCUGGCUGAGAUGAUGACCCUUCUGUGUCUUCUAAGGUAUUCCUGGAGAGGGGCAGAGUGCCUCUGGGGCAAGCAGCCAGUGAAGGGCGGGUGCCCUGGGAGUGGAGAUGUCCAAAUCCAGCUUCCAUCCCUCACCCCGUGUGUCAGGAGUCACCACAUGUAAACGUUGCCCCCAGAAUCCAGGAUCUCCUUCCGUUACUGGUUUUCUUGGGUGGGUUUUUGUUAGUUUGUGCGGGUGUGUGGGUGGCGGCACCUGACCCACAGCUGUGUUCUGCGUGGGGGAAGCAUUUCAGGUGGAGACCCCCUGUGGUGCUGUGCUGUGUGGUAGCUGCAGAGUGAGUGUGUGCGGGAAUAUGUAAACAUUGCCCUGGAAGUGAUGGGAUAACCAUGUAUGUGGGAAUAUGUAAAUAUCAUUCUGGAUGUUGCGCCUUGUAAUAUAACCUACUAGACACCUUCUUCUUGUCAAUGAUAAUCCUCCUAAUGAUAAUAAAACGCGUCUGGAUAAUCAUG